UAUUUGUUUCCGGCCGAAGGGGCCGGGCCGGGCCGGGCUGCUGUCCGCAACCGGUGCGGGCAGACGUGCCGCCAUCAUGUCAGACACGGACAGCGAUGAAGAUUCCGCCGGAGGAGGACCAUUUUCUUUAACCGGGUUCCUGUUCGGAAACAUCAAUGGAGCAGGGCAGCUGGAGGGCGAAAGCGUCUUGGAUGAUGAAUGUAAGAAGCAUCUUGCAGGCUUGGGGGCUUUGGGUCUGGGCAGCCUGAUCACUGAACUCACGGCAAAUGAAGAAUUGACAGAGACUGAUGGUGCCUUGUUAAAUGACGAAGGCUGGAUUAGGAGUAGAGAAGAUGCUGUGGACUAUUCAGACAUCAAUGAGGUGGCAGAAGAUGAAAGCCGAAGAUAUCAGCAGUCGAUGGGGAGCUUGCAACCCCUUUGUCACUCAGGAGAUUAUGAUGAAGAUGACUAUGAUGCUGAUUGUGAAGAUAUUGAUUGCAAGUUGAUGCCUCCCCCACCACCACCACCAGGACCAGUGAAGAAAGAAAAAGACCAAGAUGGUAUUACUGGUGGGUACCAGGUCCAAGUGUCUGAAGAUGGAGAAGGCAUCAUCUUGCCCUCCAUCAUUGCCCCUUCCUCUUUGGCCUCAGAGAAAGUGGACUUCAGUAGUUCCUCUGACUCAGAAUCUGAGAUGGGACCUCAGGAAGCAACACAGGCAGAAUCUAAGGAUGGAAAGCUGACUCUACCAUUGGCUGGGAUUAUGCAGCAUGAUGCCACCAAGCUGUUGCCAAGUGUCACAGAACUUUUUCCCGAAUUUAGGCCUGGAAAGGUGUUACGCUUUCUACGUCUUUUUGGACCAGGAAAGAAUGUCCCAUCGGUUUGGAGGAGUGCUCGGAGAAAGAGGAAGAAGAAGCAUCGUGAGCUUAUACAGGAAGAGCCAAUGCUGGAGGAAGAGUGCUCAGCAGAACAAGAAGUCAACCAGAAAUCUCUGUGGAACUAUGACUAUGCUCCACCUCCACCUCCAGAGCAGUGUCUCUCUGAUGAUGAAAUCACAAUGAUGGCUCCUGUGGAGUCCAAGUUUUCCCAGGCCACUGGAGACACAGAUAAAGUGAUGGAUACCAAACCAAGAGUGGCAGAAUGGCGUUAUGGACCUGCCCGGCUGUGGUACGACAUGCUCGGUGUCCCUGAAGAUGGUAGUGGGUUUGACUAUGGCUUCAAGAUGAGGAAGACUGAACAUGACCCCACAGUACAAUGCAAAAUGAUGACGAAACUAAGGAAUCUCGAGGAGGGCAAUGGCAUUGAUCUUCUGGCAGAUGAAAACUUCCUAAUGGUGACACAACUGCAUUGGGAAGAUGACAUCAUCUGGGAUGGGGAGGAUGUCAAACACAAGGGAACAAAACCUCAGCGUGCAAGCUUGGCAGGCUGGCUUCCGUCCAGUAUGACUAGGAAUGCCAUGGCCUACAAUGUCCAGCAAGGUUUUGCAGCCACACUAGAUGAUGAUAAACCUUGGUAUUCCAUUUUCCCCAUUGAUAAUGAAGAUCUGGUAUAUGGACGUUGGGAGGACAAUAUCAUUUGGGAUGCUCAGGCAAUGCCCCGGAUUCUGGAGCCUCCUGUAUUGACACUUGAUCCCAACGAUGAGAACUUGAUUUUGGAGAUCCCCGAUGAGAAGGAAGAAGCUACUUCUAAUUCUCCUUCCAAGGAGAAUAAGAAAGAAUCAUCUCUGAAGAAGAGUCGAAUUCUCUUAGGAAAAACAGGAGUCAUCAAGGAAGAACCACAGCAGAACAUGUCUCAGCCAGAAGUGAAAGAUCCAUGGAAUCUCUCCAAUGAUGAGUAUUACUAUCCCAAGCAACAGGGUCUUCGUGGUACUUUCGGAGGGAAUAUUAUCCAGCAUUCAAUUCCCGCAGUAGAAUUACGGCAACCCUUCUUUCCUACUCACAUGGGACCCAUCAAACUCCGGCAGUUCCAUCGACCACCUCUAAAAAAGUACUCCUUUGGGACACUAUCUCAGCCAGGUCCACACUCAGUCCAGCCUUUGCUGAAGCACAUCAAAAAGAAGGCAAAGAUGAGAGAGCAGGAGAGGCAAGCCUCAGGUGGUGGAGAGAUGUUUUUUAUGCGCACGCCUCAGGACCUUACAGGCAAAGAUGGAGACCUUAUUCUUGCAGAAUACAGUGAGGAAAACGGACCAUUAAUGAUGCAAGUUGGCAUGGCAACCAAAAUAAAAAACUACUAUAAAAGGAAACCUGGAAAAGAUCCUGGAGCCCCAGAUUGCAAAUAUGGAGAAACUGUUUAUUGCCAUACAUCUCCUUUCCUGGGCUCUCUCCAUCCUGGCCAGUUACUGCAGGCAUUUGAGAACAAUCUUUUUCGUGCUCCAAUUUAUCUUCAUAAGAUGCCAGAGACGGACUUCUUGAUGAUUCGAACAAGGCAGGGUUACUAUAUUCGAGAAUUAGUGGACAUUUUUGUGGUGGGCCAGCAGUGUCCCUUGUUUGAAGUUCCUGGUCCUAACUCCAAAAGGGCCAAUACACACAUCCGAGACUUUCUGCAGGUUUUUAUUUACCGCCUCUUUUGGAAGAGUAAAGAUAGGCCACGGCGUAUCCGGAUGGAAGAUAUAAAGAAAGCCUUUCCUUCACAUUCAGAAAGCAGCAUCCGGAAGAGGCUAAAGCUCUGUGCUGACUUCAAACGUACAGGGAUGGAUUCAAACUGGUGGGUGCUGAAAUCUGAUUUUCGUUUACCAACUGAAGAGGAGAUCAGAGCUAUGGUAUCGCCAGAACAGUGCUGUGCUUAUUAUAGCAUGAUAGCUGCAGAGCAGAGACUAAAGGAUGCUGGCUAUGGAGAGAAGUCCUUUUUUGCCCCUGAGGAAGAAAAUGAAGAGGAUUUCCAGAUGAAGAUUGAUGAUGAAGUUCGUACUGCUCCUUGGAAUACUACAAGAGCUUUCAUUGCUGCCAUGAAGGGCAAAUGUCUCCUGGAGGUGACUGGAGUAGCAGAUCCCACAGGCUGUGGUGAAGGAUUCUCCUAUGUGAAGAUUCCAAACAAACCUACACAGCAGAAGGAUGAUAAGGAGCCUCAGCCAGUGAAGAAGACCGUCACGGGAACAGAUGCAGACCUUCGUCGCCUGUCUCUGAAAAAUGCCAAACAACUUCUUCGUAAAUUUGGUGUGCCUGAGGAAGAGAUUAAAAAGUUGUCCCGCUGGGAAGUUAUUGAUGUGGUACGCACAAUGUCAACAGAACAGGCUCGUUCUGGAGAGGGGCCCAUGAGUAAAUUUGCCCGUGGAUCAAGGUUUUCUGUGGCUGAGCAUCAAGAGCGUUACAAAGAGGAAUGUCAGCGUAUCUUUGACCUACAGAACAAGGUUUUGUCAUCGACUGAAGUCUUAUCAACUGACACAGACAGCAGCUCAGCCGAAGACAGUGACUUUGAAGAAAUGGGGAAGAACAUUGAGAACAUGCUGCAGAACAAGAAAACGAGCUCUCAGCUAUCUCGGGAAAGGGAGGAGCAGGAGCGGAAGGAACUCCAGCGGAUGCUACUGGCAGGCUCAGCAGCAGCAGGAAAUAAUCACAGAGAUGAUGACACAGCCUCGGUGACUAGCCUUAACUCUUCUGCCACUGGCCGCUGUCUCAAAAUUUACCGAACAUUUCGAGAUGAAGAGGGGAAGGAGUAUGUUCGUUGUGAGACAGUCCGAAAACCAGCUGUUAUUGAUGCUUAUGUGCGCAUACGUACCACAAAAGAUGAGGAGUUCAUUCGAAAAUUUGCCCUUUUUGAUGAGCAGCAUCGAGAAGAGAUGCGAAAAGAACGGCGGAGGAUCCAAGAGCAAUUGAGAAGACUUAAACGAAACCAGGAAAAAGAGAAGCUGAAGGGCCCUCCUGAGAAAAAGCCCAAAAAAAUGAAGGAACGCCCUGACCUCAAACUGAAAUGUGGAGCCUGUGGUGCCAUUGGGCACAUGAGGACAAACAAAUUCUGUCCCCUUUAUUAUCAAACAAAUGCUCCACCUUCUAAUCCUGUUGCCAUGACAGAGGAACAGGAGGAGGAGCUGGAAAAGACAGUCAUUCAUAAUGAUAAUGAAGAACUUAUCAAAGUUGAAGGGACCAAGAUCGUUUUGGGAAAACAGCUCAUUGAGAGUGCGGAUGAAGUUCGCAGAAAAUCUCUGGUCCUGAAGUUUCCUAAACAACAACUUCCUCCCAAGAAAAAACGGCGGGUUGGAACCACUGUUCACUGUGACUAUUUGAAUAGACCUCAUAAAUCCAUCCAUCGGCGCCGGACAGACCCUAUGGUGACACUGUCAUCUAUCUUGGAGUCUAUCAUCAAUGACAUGAGAGAUCUUCCAAAUACAUACCCUUUCCAUACUCCAGUUAAUGCAAAGGUUGUAAAGGACUACUAUAAAAUCAUCACUCGGCCGAUGGAUCUACAGACACUCCGUGAAAAUGUGCGCAAACGCCUCUAUCCAUCUCGAGAAGAAUUCAGAGAGCAUUUGGAACUAAUUGUGAAAAAUAGUGCAACCUAUAAUGGGCCAAAACACUCACUGACUCAGAUUUCUCAAUCCAUGCUGGAUCUCUGUGAUGAAAAGCUCAAAGAGAAAGAGGAUAAGUUGGCACGUUUAGAGAAAGCUAUCAACCCCUUGCUUGAUGAUGAUGACCAAGUAGCGUUUUCUUUUAUUCUGGAUAACAUUGUCACUCAGAAAAUGAUGGCAGUUCCAGACUCUUGGCCAUUUCAUCACCCAGUUAAUAAGAAGUUUGUUCCAGAUUAUUACAAAGUGAUUGUCAGUCCAAUGGAUUUGGAGACUAUACGUAAGAAUAUCUCCAAGCACAAAUACCAGAGUCGAGAGAGCUUUCUAGAUGAUGUAAACCUUAUUCUGGCCAAUAGUGUUAAGUACAAUGGGCCUGAGAGUCAGUAUACUAAGACUGCUCAGGAGAUUGUGAAUGUUUGUUACCAGACAUUAACUGAGUAUGAUGAACAUUUGACUCAACUUGAGAAAGAUAUUUGUACAGCUAAAGAAGCAGCUCUGGAGGAAGCAGAAUUAGAAAGUUUGGACCCAAUGACUCCAGGACCUUACACACCUCAGGCUAAGGUUACUGAGGGGCCAGGUAUAAAGAACCCUCAGAUACUUCUUCAAGGUCCAGAACAAGGAAAGGCUCUUGGAGUUGUAUGGGCAGAUUGGGUCAAGGGGGCUUGGCCUCCUGAUUUGUAUGAUAACAGCACAUCCCUCAGUGUUUCUCGAGAUGCCUCUGUAUAUCAAGAUGAGAGCAAUAUGUCUGUCUUGGAUAUUCCCAGUGCUACUUCAGAAAAGCAGCUAACACAGGAAGGUGAAGAUGGAGAUGGUGAUCUUGCAGAUGAAGAGGAAGGAACUGUACAACAGACUCAAGCCAGUGUCCUGUAUGAGGACUUGCUUAUGUCUGAAGGGGAAGAUGAUGAGGAAGAUGCUGGGAGUGAUGAAGAAGGAGAUAACCCUUUUUCUGCUAUUCAGCUAAGUGAAAGUGGAAGUGACUCUGAUGUGGGAUCUGGCAGUAUAAGACCUAAACAUCCUCGUGUGCUUCAAGAGAAUACGAGGAUGGGCAUGGAAAAUGAAGAAAGCAUGAUGUCCUAUGAGGGAGAUGGUGGGGAGGCUUCCCGUGGUUUGGAGGAUAGCAACAUCAGUUAUGGGAGCUAUGAGGAACCCGACCCCAAGUCGAACACCCAGGAUACAAGCUUCAGCAGCAUCGGUGGGUAUGAGGUAUCAGAGGAGGAAGAAGAUGAGGAAGAGCAGCGCUCUGGGCCCAGCGUACUAAGCCAGGUCCACCUCUCUGAGGACGAGGAGGACAGUGAGGAUUUCCACUCCAUUGCUGGAGACAGUGACUUGGACUCUGAUGAAUGAGGCUUCCUUUAAGCCUCUUCAAUCAGCCUGGUCGAUUACCUUUCCCUCAGCUUAUUUAUAUGUGUAUAGAUAAUGAUAUCACCAGAUUACUACCCUAGGUUUAGUAAUAAGUAAAUAGUAAUCAUCUCUCCAGAUCCUGGAGUAGCAAGUUCUUUUCCCUAACCACUACCAAGAAGAGAGAGCAGACUCACUCUUCCCCAUUACAUGCCUUUAAUGGCAUUUAUUGUUCUUCGUGUAGAAACAUAGCACCAUUUCACUUAUAAUUUGCAAGCAGGAAUAGAUGAAAAUCUGUCUGCUGGAAUAGAGAAUUAGGUACUGAUGGGCUGGCUCUGUACCACGCUUAAGAUAUAAACAUAUUGGACAAACUGUUCAUGUGUUACUUACGUAGAUAUACAAUGCCUUGUUCCUAAAUAGAUUACAGGAACAUAGCUAUAAAUCUUUGAAACAGGCUGUGUAUCCAAAAUAAUAGGUGGCCAUGUAAAUGUGCUCUCCCUCGCCCUAGGAAAAGUUAUAGGAAAAAUGGUAAGUUUCUUAUAGCCAAGACUGUCUUUUGUUGCUUUUUAUGCUUAGGAUAUGGUUCUAUGCAAAGUAGGUACUCAGUAAAUGUUCUUAAAAUCAUGAAAUCCCAACAGAUAUGUUACUGUGUAUCUGUUUCAUGCUGAGCAUUUUAUCAGAUCCUUGGAGUGCAAAGGUUAAAUAAGAGCUUGUCAUCAAGUCGGGGGAGGGAGAGUAGAGUUCAAACCAUGUUUAUAAAUUAUUAGAACUGUAAGACAAAUACAAUCAAGAAGCUUAGCUGUAAAGUACAAAGAAAAAUUGAGAAGAGAUCAUGUGUGAAAAAGCAGAGAAGUCUUCCAGAGGCCACCUGAAAACUGAGUGUUGAAGAAGUCAUUGGUAGGAGUGUAGCAGCUCAAAAAGUCCAGGCAGGGUGUUAACAUGAAGGGAAAAGUUGAAAGUCUAGAUAUGACAGAAUGUGUUUGUACCUGCCUUGUUUCAGAAAGGAUGCUGGAAUGACUAGACAUGACACUGAAAGACAACAGGAAGCAUAUCUUCAAGAGCUUUGCAUUUGAGCCGGGCGAUGGUGGCGCACGCCUUUAAUCCCAGCACUUGGGAGGCAGAGGCAGGUGGAUCUCUGUGAGUUCGAAGCCAGCCUGGUCUACAAAGUGAGUUCCAGGACAGCCAGAGCUACACAGAGAAACCCUGUCUUGAAAAAAAAAAACAAAAAAAAAAAAGAGAGAAAGAGAGAGAGAUUUGCAUUUGAUACCAGUGAGUGAAUUUUUUAUUUAAGGAAAUGAAGUCUAGAGAAGUGCAUUAGAUUCGUUUCAAAAUUUUUCUGGAUAUUGAAUGAAGACAGAAUUUGAGUCAAAUAAUAGACACGUUAUGAUCCCAUUUGUGUAAGAGUAAAAAAACAGGUGUAUAUGCUAUGUUUGUAUAUACUUGUAUGUGCAAAGGGAAAGAUGUGAAACUGUUAAAUUGUUCACAGUGAACCUCUGCGGAUGGGAAUAGAGAGGAUGUGGUUCAUUUGGUUUAUGUAUACUGAAUAAGUAUUCUGCUUUUAUUUCUGUAUCGUUUGAGUUUUUAGUGUGUAUUGUUUUUGUAAUAAAUUUUUUUAAAUUUA